GCAGCAGCGGCUUUCAGGCAAAACUCAGAGGCGCGGAGCAGCAGUUGUUGCAGCGCACAUGUUUACCGGCGAGUUGGAGCUCCGCAGGCGUGAUUCUGAUCUUUAUUGGUUUGAAAAUAUCGUUUGCAGAUGGAGGAAGUAGACGUUGAGCCUGCAGUUACUAACAUUCCUGCAGUCAGACCCAGGAAGCAUAUGGGAUUUGCAUGGGGCCCUGGGAAUAUCUUUGUAUACGAGACGCUAUACAAAGCCUCAGGUGCUUCUGGAUCUGGUAGUCCCUUCAUCCACGAAGUCAGGAAAGAUGAGGACAUAUAUUCCCCCAUUUUACGCAAACUUUUUAACGAGUCACAUCACAUCUUUGUUGGGUUGCAAACAAUAGGAGAUGACAUCCCAAGCAAGAGCAAAAAACCCCAAUUUGUGAGCAUCAGUAAAAACUAUAGAUCUGUGAUCCGAGCAUGUAUGGAGGAGCUUCAGCAGGUUGCAGUGUCGACAAAAGAUAAAGAGAUGGCCACACAAUAUGGAAAUCAGGUGUCAAUUCUUCUGGCCAUUGAACUGAUCUGGAAUCUUUGUGAAGUGCUUUUCAUUGAUGCUGCACCUGCGGGCUCUCUCUUGCUUCACCUUUUGGACUGGGUGCGGCUACACAGGGCUGAUGUGGAUGAGAAGGCCAGAGAAGUGCUUCAAAGUGACAGCCCUGCUGAGCACCAUGACUACUGGGAUGUGGUGGUGAGUUACGUGCUGCAGGGCAGACUGGAUGAAGUCAGGCAGAUGCUGGUGAAACAGGCCACCCUUCGGCCUGCUGCCAGGAACAUGUACAAGCUGAUGGACAACUUACUCAGCAAGAUGCCCUUCUACAAUCCUGGUGGCGCUCAAACGCUGACGGAGUUUGAUGUGAAGUGGAGGCACUGGCAUGAGGAGGUGGACCGUUGCCUGCAGGACAACUCAUUUGCCAGCAGCCAACACUUGGAGCGCGUCUGCAAGAUUCUGCUGGGUGAUGAGGAUACUUUGCUGGAGCACAGAGACCUGCUCGGUACCUGGUAUCACUUCCUCGUCACAAGACUGCUCUUUUGCCACCCCACUGUUAAACCCACUGAAUUACAUUACUACGCUCAGUCUUGCAUGACUAUGUUCCUGGACUCGAGGAGUGUACCAGAGCCCCUGGACAGCAUCUUACUGGCUGCCUUUGAGUUUGACAUCCAUCAGGUCAUCAAGGACUGCAGCAUUGCUCUCAACAACUGGUGGUUUGUGGCUCAUUUAACCGACCUGCUGGAUCACUGCAAACUUCUCCAGUCUCACAAUCUGCACUUCGGCUCCAACCUGAGAGAGUUUCUCCUGUUAGAAUAUGCUUCUGGUCUCUUCACUCAUCAUAGUCUUUGGCAGUUGGCCGUGGAUUACUUUGACCACUGCCCGGAGUUUGGCCGUGUCUACCUGGAGCUGCAGAUGGAACGAGUCCCCUUAGACACGGAGCGCAAAGCUCUGAAGGUGCUGCGGAUUUGCGAGCAGAGGCAAAUGUCAGAGCAAGUGCGAAGUAUUUGUAAGAUCAUGGCGAUGAGGGCUCUGAGGAACAACAGACUGGGUUCUGCUCUCUCCUGGAGCAUCAGGGCCAAAGAUGCUGCCUUUGCCACCCUCAUCUCAGAGAGGUUCUUACAGGAUUACUGCGCCAGAGGAGCCUUCUCUGAUCUGGAUUUGAUCGACAAUUUGGGUUCAGCGAUGCUGCUCAGUGACAGACUCACUUUUCUGGGGAAGUACCGCGAGUUCCACAAGCUGUACGGAGAAAAGCAUUUCAGAGAGGCUGCAAAGCUGCUCCUCUCCCUCAUGACGGCCAAGAUUGCCCCCCGAAGCUUCUGGAUGACUCUGCUAACCGAUGCUCUACCGCUGCUGGAGCAGAAGGAGGUGAUCUUCUCUGCAGAGCAGACCUAUGAGCUGAUGUUCUGUUUAGAGGAACUCACCUCCUCGCUGAACGCUCCUGCUCCGGGGACGGACACACCCAUGCAGGAGGAAGACAUCGAGCAGACCAAGGUGGAGCUGCUGAGACUCGCGCUGGCCAGAAAUCUGGCCACGGCAAUCGUCAAGGAGGGAACAGUGGAAACAUGAGCAGAUGACUCUUUUGCAUUUUUGUACUGUGUAUAUAUAAGAAAAAAGUUAAGUAAUCAAAAUGGGAUUUUUGAUAAUAAAGUCAUUUUCAUUGUG